GUGAAUGCAUCCCAUUGGCUUACGGGAGGCAUGAUGCCACCGGGCAGCCCUUUUUAAGAGAAAAGCCAGGCCUGGUGGAAUAGCGGCCCCAGAGCAGUGUUCUUGGAGCUGAGCGGCGGGGAUCCCGGAGCGGCCUUGAUAAAGAAACAUGAGCGAGCGACAAGGUGCUGGGGCGACCAAUGGAAAAGACAAGACAUCUGGCGAAAAUGACGGGCAGAAGAAAGUUCAAGAAGAAUUUGACAUUGACAUGGAUGCGCCAGAGACAGAACGUGCGGCGGUGGCCAUUCAGUCCCAGUUCAGAAAAUUCCAGAAAAAAAAGGCUGGAUCCCAGUCCUAGCGGGAGAGCCCUUCCUAGUCUGCCAGAAGACACCCACUCCAGCUAUCAUCUAUCAAGAAAUUAAGAGAAUAACACCUAGAGAAACAUCAUCUGCACACGAUACACACAUGCACAGCAGUCCUACAAUGCAUGUACAGAGACCCACGAUAUUUACUCCCUUACAGGAAGGUGUAGACAGUGCAACUGUGACUGGCUUAAUCUCUAUGUCUAUCCCCAGUUUCAUUCCUUCCUCACUUGAUGUUGUAAUAAAAUAGAGUUAAGAUGCGUGA